UUCUUCCUUUAACGGUAUAAUACUACCGUAACCUUCCUCCAUUAUUUAUUGAAUAAAAUAAUUCUGAAAUUUUUCUUACAACUUGUUUCAGUCAGAAUAUGGUCAACUAUCUACCCGGUGCAGCACAUCUUCCAAUAUGCAGAUCUCGAAGCGAGAAGAAGAAAGUCAAUCACAAUAACAAUGACAUCACUUCUCUAUUUGAGAAUAAACUGGCUGCUCAAGACAAAUCAAUGCUCAAUCAAACGUUUACUAUGGGUUCAAACAAGGAAGAAAGAUGCAGAGAAUUUUGUAUUGAAGAUGCUAUAAAUGGAUUUAUACCGAGGGCUAGAAGCAGUGGACCGAGAAGUAGCAUGAAGAAUAAGAUUGAUGAGAAUGUGCGAAGGGUUCGAUCUGAAACUGCUUCACUCUUCUCUUCAACAUGUAAACUUCCACAGCUUGAUGGUUCAAUUGCAAGUGAGAAAAAGACGUGCACAAUCCGCCCGUGGAGCCGCACCCAAGACGAGCUUCGUAAAUUCAAGGAGACACUGAAAUCGACUACGGUCUCUGCAAAGACGGCUACCAAAUCGAAUUGAACAACGAAUUCGCCGGUCUCUGUAUCUUUUCCCUCUCCAUUAUUAUCACUCUAUUUAUUUACGUGUUUUCAUUCUACUAAAUAUUUUUGACGUUUUCAGUUUCGGUUUGAUGUUUGAAUCUGAAAAUGAAAAAUAACUAUCGGAAAAUUUGAUUCUAAGAAUUUGAUUAUUGAAGGAAAAAUUUGUUCAGAACUU